GGCUUGCUCGAGCUAUUCUCCUGUGUCGCUCCGGUGUUAAGAGAACGGUGUUAAAGGACAAUACUUAGGAGGGGUCUCUACGACCACUAGUGGCCCAUCAUAGGUAUCGAUCGAUGUUGAAACUCUUCUAAAAGAUGCGUUCUAGGAUGAAGCCAGCGGUGUACAUCCAAACAAUGCCCAAGUGGCAUAGAUCAUCGGAUACAAGGGGAGGGCGGAGUGUUUUACUAAUCAACAAUCGCUAUUUACACUCAUGCCCCGCAAUUUGCUGACUCUUCCGGGGGUGAACCAGAUGGCCAAUACCUUAUAUUUGGUAGGUUGCUGUCUUUUUCUUGUAUGGAUUCGAAGGUCUCGUUACUCAGUACUUAGACACUUGCGAAGCGUCAACCAUGUCGGAAGCGACGACGAUAAAAGCACUGGCCUGGCUGACACCCAAAUUAGGCUCUAAUAUCUCUGUGAUAUUGUCUUCUCUGAUAUUUACAUACUUGGCCUGGGUGUAUCUAUCAUCGACGGUUCUCCACCCCCUCGGUCGCUUUCCGGGUCCCCGAAUAAGCGCGAUCACUAAACUUCCGUAUUGGAUUGCCGCUUAUAACGGAACCCAGGUACAAUGGUUACAGAGACUUCAUGCUCGGUAUGGUCCGGUCGUCAGAUUUGCACCGAAUGACAUAAGUUAUACUGAUGCGCGAGCGUGGAAAGACAUAUAUGGCUACCAGAAGGGAAGGAAAGAGAAUUCUAGGGACAGGAAAUUCUACCCAGAACCAGAGAAUGGGUCUCCUUCACUACCCGAUAUAUCUGAUACUGAGAAGCAUGGUAUCGUUCGACGGGCUUUCGCUCCCGCUUUUUCGGAUAGGGCAAUUAAGGGGCAAGAGGGAUUACUCCAAAAUUAUGCCAACCUUAUGGUUACCGUACUUCAGAAUGCUCUACAAGAAAAAGGUGGUGCCGGCGCAGACAUAGCUAAGAUCUACAAUCUGGCGACCUUCGACAUCAUGGCUGAUCUGACGUACGGUGAGUCUCUGGGUUGCCUGAAGACUUCCGAGUACACAACCUGGAUCGAGCUUGUCUUUACGUCCAUUUCUUUCAUUCCGCUCAUUCAGUUCCUGCAAUCAUAUCCGAUUCUGGGGGCCCUAUUCAAGAUGCUAGAGCCAGAGUCAGUAAAAAAGACACGCAUCGCACACCAUCAAUACAGCGCGGAUCGUCUAGACAGGAGACUCGCUAGAGGAGCUGAUCGUGCCGACGUGUGGAGCGGAGUUCUAUCUGGAGAUGGGAAUCAUCUUCUGUCACUGCAGGAAUUACGUACUAACUCCGAGGUGUUUAUGACGGCUGGUACUGAAACCAGCGCCACUUUACUUUCGGGGCUUACUUAUCUCCUCUUAAGAAACCCCCGCAGCAUGGAUCUCCUUACUAAAGAGAUUCGCGGGGCAUUCAAUUCGAAUGAGCAAAUGAGCAUCGAGGCUUUAGCUCGAUUGCCUUACCUGAAUGCUUGCAUUGAAGAGGGUCUCCGUAUGUAUCCUCCCGUACCCCAAGGCUUCCCGCGAACUAUCGCAAAGGGUGGAAAUGUAGUGCUAGGAGAAUGGCUUCCUGAAGGCACUUCAGUUUCUGUCUCCACGACAGCAGCUUAUCGAGACCCAAACUACUUUAAAGAUCCAAACGAAUUUGUCCCGGAGAGAUGGAUGGGGGAUCCCAAGUAUGAAAACGAUAAGCGCGAUGCAAGACAGCCUUUCUCGUUUGGUCCGCGAAAUUGCUUGGGAAUGGGUCUGGCAUGGCAUGAGAUGCGUCUUCUUCUAUCGAAGGUCAUAUUCAAUUUCGAUCUUGAACUAUGCGAUAAGUCAGAGGACUGGUUCGACCAGAAGAUCUAUGUCCUCUGGGCGAAAAAACCUCUCAUGUGUCGGGGGGUCCGGGUUUCAACCGGAGCCUAAGUAGGUAAAUUUGGGUACCUAGCAGGUACGGCACGUAGCGAAAAAGGAUGUCCUAAUUGCCCUUCAUCGUAGGCGAAGGUCAGUCGGUGUAGUGUCUCACAAUCGGGGUUUUGGCUAGCGGGCACGCCCGUGGCGCUAUAACAUACUAGGUACUUAGUUUUCCGGCUCGGCCCCGAAUGCAGCGGUAUCUCUUAUGGGCUUGGUGGCUUGCAGAAUAUUGCUAUUACAUAUGUACGUGGCCGUGAUUGUGCGAUCCUAAAAGCAGUUUCAUUGGUUCACAGGCCGGCCCCGACAAAUUCAAAGCAUAGUUCAAGGACCGGGAUCCGGUGAUGCAGGAAUGUACAGUGGAUUGGUGGUGAUGGUCGGCGAUGCGGCACAUCAGGAUCUGCCCCUUUUCUUACUGCCCAGCUAGGUACCUAUUAACUCAUCGUCUUGUCACCAUAUUAGGUUGUUUGAAAUAUUACCUAGUACUACUUAGCGCA